GCCGCCCGUCCGCUGAAGUCUAUUCGCCCGCCUGUCCCCCGCUCGCGCGGCUCGCUCGCCCUCCUGCGCCGCGCUCUCCCUCCCCUCCCUCCGCCUCCCCGCGCGGCUCUUCUCGCUCCUCCCGCCCUUCCCUCCUGGCCGCCAUGUCGCCGCUGCGGGCAGUGCUGGCGCUGCUGGCCGCGCUCUGGGCCCCGGCGGCCGGCUACUUCGUCAGCAUCGACGCGCACGCGGAGGAGUGCUUCCUCGAGCGCGUCCCCUCGGGCACCAAGAUGGGCCUCAUCUUCGAGGUGGCCGAGGGGGGCUUCCUCGACAUCGACGUGGAGAUAACAGGUCCUGAUAACAAGGGAAUCUACAAAGGAGACCGAGAGUCCAGUGGGAAAUACACCUUUGCUGCUCACAUGGACGGGACGUACAAGUUUUGCUUCAGCAACAGGAUGUCCACCAUGACUCCAAAGAUAGUAAUGUUCACUAUCGACAUUGGUGAAGCUCCAAAAGGACAAGAUAUGGAGACAGAAGGUGGUGGAGAUACCUGGGAUGCUCAUCAGAAUAAACUAGAAGAGAUGAUUAACGAAUUAGCCGUGGCCAUGACAGCCGUCAAGCAUGAACAGGAGUACAUGGAAGUUCGUGAAAGGAUACACAGAGCAAUUAACGACAACACAAACAGCCGAGUGGUGCUUUGGUCAUUCUUCGAAGCCCUCGUAUUAGUUGCCAUGACACUGGGACAGAUCUACUACCUGAAGAGGUUUUUUGAAGUCCGGAGAGUUGUUUAAUCAAACAUUUGAUUUUUUUUUUCCUCCUCUCCCUCUCCAGUGAUCCCAGAUUCUCCAUUCACUGUCUACCAAACAACUUGGUCGCAAAACUCGCUUAGUUUUAUCCCUGCUUUCUGAACUAUAAAAGUUUCUUCUUAGUUUAAAUUUUUUUAUAUAGAUAGAUAGAUAUUCUCCUGGGCGAUAUGCGCUGAGAGCCUUUCACUGGAAUUGGCAGUCGUGUUUCUCACUGAGCCAGAGUGAGUGCCGCCAAAUUGCAUUAGUUUUUAAAAGCCGCACUGUGGGUUGUCUUUAAGCUCUUCCUUGAUUCUUUUUAUUUUUGUAAUGAAAUGCCGUUUUUGUCUAGGGGCAAUGGUAGGUCCCGGAAGAGUUGCUUUCUAAACCUGUGGUAGACUCUUGACUCCAUUUAAGGAUUUCCUCUGUACGUGACGUGGGGCUGCCAAGAAAGCAAAGCAAAGAAAACCACGCUUCAGUGUACAGGAUCCAGCCGAUGGCUUUUUGUUUGGGACAUACGGAGUAGGUUUUUGUAAAACCUCCAGCCCUCUUACUGUAACUACACUGUUUUGUUCACCACACUUCUUUUUCAUUAGAGAUGAAGAUGCAGCACUGCUCCCAUCAGUUCACUGGUACGGUCUUGAGUGGGCAAAUUGGUGAAGAGGCAGCCUUUUGUGGGAAGUUGAUGGAAGCAUAAUCUUCCCCCCAUCCUUGUCAUUCACAGCUCCAAAGUUCCUCCUGUUUUUAGCGCUACUGUAGAGCAUAGGGUUCAGGAGCCCAAUUCCUGAUGCCAAAGGGUUAACAAUUUGGGUAGGGAGGAGGGAAAAGGAGUUAUGAUUAUGCUACGCAGCCCAUAAGUUAAAGGGUAACAUCCUGUUGCUGCCUGGUUAUAGGAUUGCAAACCUCUUUCCUGGUAGAGGCCCCUGUGCCUUUUAUGUGGCUGGGAAAAACACAAUGGGGCUGCAGUUCUUCCCUGAUGAGUCAUCUUCCCAAGAGCCUUUUGUGUGUUGAAUAGCCGCACAACAGAGAGAUGAUCAGCAGGUGCAGUUUUUCCCUUGAAGGUAACUUCAAGAUCUUAUUUUCCCACCAGUUGAAUUUCUCCCUGUUGUGGGACUAUCAAAAAGUACAGGAGCCUCCUUCAAGAGAAGGGUUGGCAAACCCGAUUAGGCUAUCUUGAAAUACCGGUAUAUUUUGUGCUUUCUCUCUUUUCAGACACAUGCUGGCUUUAGGUUUUGUACAAACUAUUUUUCUUGCUUCUUUUGAUGAUGGGUUUAAAAAUCACAGCAUCUGUUGACAGGAGCGGGUGCUGAUCCCAAGAUUAUAUUGUGGCUAAUGUAUAUUGGACUGAUGUAUAUUGGUUGUAAUUUGGGGUGGGGUGGGAUUCUUUUCAAGAUUUCGGCGAAGGGACAUUCUAUUGGUUACGCCUAAAGAGUUUUGUACCAAAUUUAAUUUAAUUAAAAUUUGUUACAAGUUUUCACGGUUCAAGUAAUCUUUUUCAGCCUUAAGACAAUUUUAACAGCAGUUCUUCAAAUUGGAAGGGAGGGGGAGUUCUCCCCACCCUUACCAUGACUGUUGUAUGCCAACUCUGUGUGUUGAGACACUUUGAAAUUAAGCCAGAAGAUGUACAUUUAAAAGUGUUUGCAAGUUGAAAUAUGGCCAGAUUCGAUAAAUAAAUACCUUCUUUAAAAAGAAUGAAAUCCA